GCACCUCGACAAGCGGAAUUUGGAAUAUCGCAUCCGUGGAGGUUGUGUCCAGGUCGUCUAUAUAAGACAGGUCGUUCGCUCGCUCCAGAGUCCCCUUUCUUCUUCAUCACAAUCAUCAUCUUCCAACUUUCCAACUACUACAACCAAACCACCACCACCCACAAUCUUUCCAACCACACCGAGUCCUCACACUCCCUUCCAACAAAACCAGCAACCAUGAAGUUCUCCAUCUGCAUCCUCGCCUCCCUCAUCUCCGCCGUCAUGGCCGCGCCCCUCGAGGCCGCCGCCGAAAAGCGCCAGGUCAACCCGGCCGCCGCGUGCGCGGACAAGAUCCCGUACCAGUCGUGCAGCUACGUCGUCGACUCGGUCACCAUCAGCGGCGAUUGCAUUGCUCUUUCCAACGGCGUCUUGGUCGUAAGUCCUGAUUUCUCUCUGCCCACCCAAUAACGCAUUCUCUGCUAAUCGGGGACGGACAUGUAUAGUGCGAGCCAGACUUCUAGACGACCACACCACCACCACCACCACGCACAAAAAUGACUAUUACUCGCAAACUCAAGCUGCUGUGACGGAACAACGACGUUGCUAACGCUAGAGACCAUCCGUCGAGGGGAGAAAAGCUAGGGAGCUAGGGUGUAAGGGGGGAGGAAAUUUCCGCAGGAAAGGACGAUCUCUAGAUGGAGGAUUCAUAUAUAUAUAUGCCAAGUGUCUCAUUUGACAAAGGGCAUGGUUUUGAGUACACUCGCUGCAUGCGCGCGCAGAUAUCAAAUGCAAUCCCAAAUUCUUACGCCGC